AUGUCAGCCCAGAACUCGGCAGGUAUUCAGACGCUUCUCGAUGCCGAGCGCGAGGCUUCGAAGAUUGUGCAGAAGUGUAAGGGCAUCAGUCUCGCCAUCUUAGUUGUUUACGGUCCGCUAAUCAAGGGACUUCCCUGUUAUCUAGCGAGAGAAUUCCGCACGAAGCGCGUCAAGGAAGCCCGUGACGAGGCCAAGAAAGAAAUUACCGACUACAAGGCCAAGAAAGAGGAUGAAUACAAGAAGUUUGAGGCCGAGCAUAGCAAGGGCAACAAAGAAGCCGAAGCCGAAGCGAACAAAGAGGCCGACAAACAGAUUAAGCAGAUUACUGAGGCUGGGAAGUCGAAGCAGGAUGCCGUUGUUAAGAAGCUCCUAUCCGCUGUCUUUGAUGUGAACCCCAUAGCCCCCACGUCUGUUUAG